AGCAGCAGCCCGCAGCAACACCACCGGCCGCACGCACGAGCCAGGAAGAGGACAGAGCAGGAGGGGCAUCGAUCGCGGCGUGCCACCCACACGCACGAGCACGAGAGCUCCGGCUGCGGCAGGGAUGGGCUCUUCGCGGUACUCGCAGACGCCGGAGAGCUACGUGAGGCUGCAGGGCCGGCGGUGGCGGCGGGCGGGGGCGCGGGGGUUCCGGCUGUGCCCGAGGAACCGGUUCUCCGUGCGGCGGCUGCGGGCCGAGCUGCUCACGUUCCUGGGCAUCGUCGGGCGCUACGUGCGCCGCCUCGUCAGGAGGCUGUCGACCUCGGGCGCCGGCGCCGGCGGAUGCGGACGGAGCGGCAGCAGGCGGGUUCUCGUCGGGGGCGGGAAAGACGCGGCGGCGGGGGCGGCGAGCAAGGGGCCGCGGAGGGCGGCGCCGUUCGCGCGGUCCAACUCGUUCUACUCGGAGGCGAUCGCCGACUGCCUCGAGUUCAUCAAGCGCAACUCCGUGCCCGUCGAGGCCCACGGCACCGCCAGCGCCGCCGCCAGGCGAUAGGCAUUCGAGGCUCCGUUUGGAAACGGAACGAAACCGAAGCAAUCAGAAAGUUGCACGGCUUCGUGUGGCGUUUCUUCCAAAUGGAGCCUGGAGAUGUGAAACCUGGUACAUACACGUACGCACAGAUGUAAUAGGGGCCGUUUGAAAUUUAGAGCUGCAAACGCUGAAGUUUUUGACAUGUUCAUUCGCACACGUUACCGCAUUUUCCCGUUUGACGUGUAUAUAUAAUCCAGAAUGUACAGACCUGAAUUCUUGAGCCGUGUUA